AUGAACAACACUUAUACAACCGGACUACAAGUACUACAUAGAACAAAAAUGAGACCACUACCAGUGCUAGAAAAAUACUGCAUUUCGCCACACCAUGGGUUUUUGGACGACCGGUUACCCUUGACCAGGCUAAGCAGCAAGAAAUACAUGAAAUGGGAAGAAAUUGUUGCCGAACUACCCUCUCUUUUGCAAGAAGAUAGUAAGGUGCGGGGUGUUAUCGAUGGACUGGAUGUCUUGGACUUGGAUGACACUAUUCUGGGCGACGUCAGGGAGCUCAGAAGAGCAUAUUCCAUUUUGGGGUUUAUGGCACACGCUUAUAUUUGGGCCAGCGGAACUCCCCGGGAUGUACUACCGGAGUGCAUUGCAAGACCACUGUUGGAGACAGCGCAUAUUUUGGGAGUACCACCAUUAGCUACGUAUUCCUCGUUGGUGUUAUGGAACUUCAAACUGGCCGACAAGUGCAAGAAAACGGAAACCGGGUGUUUGGACUUGGAAAAUAUUACAACGAUAAACACAUUUACGGGAACCGUCGACGAAAGUUGGUUUUAUCUGGUUAGCGUGCGGUUUGAAAAAAUCGGCAGCGCUUGUUUAAACCAUGGGUUGCAGAUGUUGAGAGCAAUUAGAAGGGGUGAUAAAGAAGACGCUGCUGUGAUAGGCGCUGUUGUGAUAGACGGGCUGAAGAACUUAGCUGCAACCAUUGAGAGGUUAUCGAAAACUUUGAUGGAAAUGGAGCUUAAGUGCGAACCCAAUGUGUUUUAUUUCAAGAUAAGACCAUUUUUGGCCGGAUGGACCAAUAUGUCGCAUAUGGGGUUACCGCAAGGCGUCAAGUAUGGAGCGGAAGGUCAGUACCAGAUUUUUUCUGGUGGCUCCAAUGCGCAAAGCUCAUUGAUACAGACAUUGGACAUCCUUUUGGGUGUGAAACAUACUGCGAAUGCUGCGCAUUCUUCUACGGGAAACAGCAAGGUCAACUACUUGGACGAAAUGAAAAAAUAUAUGCCGAGAGAACAUCGUGAAUUUCUUUAUCAUUUGGAAUCGGUAUGUAAUAUUCGUGAAUAUGUUUCCCUUGACCCUUCUAACCAGCCCUUACAAGAGGCCUAUGGCCGUUGCAUUUCCAUGCUGAAAAUAUUUAGAGAUAAUCAUAUCCAGAUUGUCACCAAAUACAUUAUCUUGCCCUCUAAUUCGAAGCAACACGGCUCCAAUAAACCGGGAAUACUAAGUCCAAUUGAGCCCAAUACCAAGACAAGCGAUUGUUCGAGAUCCAAAGCCGCCUCGUCAAAGACUAUUGGAACCGGCGGUACAAGAUUAAUGCCCUUCUUAAAGCAGUGUAGAGACGAAACUGUCGCCACUGCGGAAAUCAAAAAUGAGAACAAAAAUUGA